UAUUUUAUCUUGGAUUUUAUUUAUUAAAUUUUCUUAAUAUUUCUUAGGAAUGUUACACACUAGGUCGAGGAAAAAAAUUAAUCACAAUAAAAAAAGUAAUGAAAUGAAGAAACAUGCUAGAGGGUUGUCUGAUAAUGAAUGGGAAUUAGAUGAGUUGGUAAGUAAUGAAGGCAGUGAUUCCAGCAGUGGUGAUGAAGAUACAUAUGGAAGUUUUCCCACUUUUUGUAUGCCGAAAAGUAUGGCUGAAUAUGAAUGGCAAGUUGGGACAUAUUUCGUUAACAAGGAAGAAUUUAUAGAAGCCAUAAGAACUUAUGGGUUGCAAAGCGGGAGAAAUUUAAAAUUUGAGAAGAAUGACAAAAAAAGAGUAAGGGUGGUAUGUUGGGUGCAAGAGGAAAGUGUGUAUGGAUUGCUUAUUGUGCUUAUGUACCAAUACUUAAAACCUGGCAGUUGAGAAAAAUUGUUGACAAACAUACUUGUUGUAAGGAGUUUAACAAUCGUCUAAUCAAUGCAAAGUGGUUAAGUGGGAGAAUAGAAAAGAUAAUUAGAGAGAAUCCUACUGUGAAGGCCAUGCAUAUUCGAGAAAAGGAGUUAAGGAAGUGGAACGUGUCUAUAUCUUGUGCUAUGUCUUUUCGAGCAAGAUCAAUGGCUGCAAACAAGAUUGAUGGUUCCUUUAUAGAGCAAUACAAACGUAUAUAUGAUUAUGCUCAUGAGUUGCGUAGAUCAAAUCCUGGUUCAAUAAUUAAAAUAAAGGUUGAAGAUCAUGAUGGUUCAAAAAUAUUUCAGAGAUUAUACGUUUGUUUAAAAGCAUGCAAGGACAACUUUGUAUCAUGUAGGUCUACAAUAGGAUUGGAUGGAUGUUGUGCCUCAUGCACCUUUGUAUCAGACCAGCAAAAGGUCUGCUGCCAGCUUUAAAUUAGCUCAUUCCUGGAGUUGACCAAAGGUUCUGUAUGCACCACUUGUACAAGAACUUCAGGAAGAAAUUUUCAGGGAAGAUUUUGAAAUGUUUAAUGUGGAGGGCUGCUUACUGCACACAUCCACAAGCAUGGGAAAAGGUUAUGUUGGAGAUCAAAGAAGUUAAUGAGGAUGCAUUCAAACAUUUAAUAGCUAUUCCUCCAAGGCAAGUAUUUGGAUGUUUGUUAACUUUCUGUAUAUUUUCAUUUGGUGCACACUGAUAAAGGUAUUGGUGCAAAGUAAUAAUAGGUGUGAUUAGAAACUAACUCACAACACUCUGCAACUGCAACUGAUAUUCUGAUAUGAGGUUAAAGGUUAUUAGGAAAAGUACCUAGCAUGGCAAAUUUGGAAUUAAUGCAUUACUGCAGUAAAAACUAGUUGCUAUAGUAUCUAUUCCUGAUUUAAACACCAAAUCUGUAGCAGUUUCAACUUUCCAGUACCACUUUUUCUUUUUAUGAUUUGUUUCUGAGUGUGCGCAUAUUUUCAUUUAUCAUUUCAAUAUUCUGAUAAUUGGUGCAAACUGAUAAAUGUAUUGGUCAAGAUCAAGGUUUAAUACCACUGUCAAAUGUGAC